AUCGGAGCACACCCCACUAUGCAUACUUCUUGUGAUGACGACGGCAGGCCAUCUCGUUGACUGGCUACGUAUCCAUACUCGGCUUUGAUCGCGAGGUCUACACAGGUCAGAACAAGCCUCAAAAAAUAUAGCCCUGCCAGCUCGCGCAGCCGCCAUGCAGACUGUCCUAGCACCACCGUCCGCGCCAGGCGGCAUGUCCUACUCUGCGUCAGCAGCUGGUCCCGUCGGCCGCCAGUUCAAUCCAUACACCUCCAACGGUGGCUCGAUCAUGGCUGUUGCGGGCAAAGACUUCUGCGUCAUUGCCGGCGACACGAGGCAAAGCGAGGGGUACAACAUUCAGACGCGGUACAAGCCCAAAGUGUUCAGGCUAAAUGAUCGUGCGACGCUUGCAACGAACGGCUUCUCCGCUGACGCCGAGGCGCUCGUGGCACGCAUCAAGUCGCGGCUGGAGCUGUACCGACAUGCGCAUGGGCGGUCCAUGCCUCUGCACAGCAUUGCACGCAUGCUUUGCACCAUCCUCUACUCGAAGCGCUUCUUCCCCUACUAUGUCUACAACAUCCUCGGCGGUCUCGACGAGGAGGGGAAAGGCGCCGUGUACAGCUUUGACCCGGUCGGAAGCUACGAAAGAGAGUUCUGCCGAGCGGCAGGCGCCGCGCAGAGUCUUCUGCAGCCUUUCUUGGACAAUCAGAUCAUGUUCCGCAACCAGGUGUCAACCGCAGAUCACAAGGUGCCGACGCCAGGGACGAUGGGGCUGCCGGAGGUGCUGCGCAUCGUGACAGACAGCUUCACAAGCGCGACGGAGCGGCACAUCGAAGUCGGUGACGGCCUCGAGAUGUACGUCGUACGAUUGCCACCGCAAACAGCCUCAGCGUCAGCACGCGGUGACGAUUGCACGAUGGAAGGCGGAGCCGUGGCAGGCGCAGCUGCGAUCGACCUCAGUGCCCAGCCUUAUGGGGCGGUCGAGGCGCUCGGCGGCGAGGAUGAACAGCAGAGCAAGACGACGAUGGUCAUCAGACGGGAGCUGAAGAAGGAUUGAUCCCAAGUAGUUCCAUUUGUAAUGAGAGUAGGAUGAAUCGUCAAGAGCAGAAGCACCAUUGAU